AUGGAAUAUGAAUGGAAGCCCACUGUAUGUACGAAUUGCUCUGGUCUAGGACACGAAGCUCAUGUUUGCAGGAAGAGUAAGACUGUUAAGCAAGAAUGGAUUCCUAAACAGAAGGUCUCAUCACCUAUUGUAAGCAAAGUUAAUGUAGAUACAGAUGGUUUUCAAUCAGUUACCAAGGGAAUCAAGAAACAGGAACCUAAUGCCAUCCAAACGAGUGUGAAGAAUAAAUUUUGCCUACUAGAGGGGGACCCUGAGAUGGAGCUUUUACAGAGGACCUCUAGGGAGAUCCUAUGGAACGACUUACAAGGAUUGGCUGUGGAUAUAUCUGUCCCUUGGAUGGUGGUAGGAGACUUCAAUGAGAUUCUUUCAUUGCAUGAUAGAAUUGGCAAAAAAAGCACCAUGAAGAUAUCAAGCAAAUUUUCAGAAUGUUUGACAACUUGCCAUUUGGAAGAUUUGAAAUUUUCUGGCUGCUUCUAUACUUGGAAUAAUAAGCAGAGAGCAGAUGAGAGGGUUUAUUCCAAGAUUGAUAGAGCUUUAGUUAACUCAAAAUGGACUGAUCAUUUCCCUAACUCAGAGGCUGUGUUCUUGCCAGAAGGGAUAUUUGAUCACAGUCCAAUUCUUGUUCAUGUCACUUUGGAAAUGCACUUGGAAAAGAAGCCAUUUAGAUAUUUUCGGAUGUGGAAAGAAGCACCCUGUUAUGAAAAUAAACUCCAGACCAGUUGGAACUUAUCAGUUAAUGGUACUCCAAUGUUCCAAUUAGUAUCAAAACUAAAAAGGCUGAAACAGGUGCUAGUGAGAAUAAAUAGAGAGGGUUUUUCUGAUAUUCAACAGAUAGAAUUUAAGGCGGGACUUGUAUUGAAGGAGCUUCAGGAACAAUUGCAAAAAGAUCCCUUAAAUGAUAGGUUGAUUUCUUAG